UAAACUGUAAGGACAAUUCUUUACAAACAAGUUCGUCUACAGGUUGUUACAUGACCGCGCCUUAAAGGCUCGGCAAAAUACAUUAUUUCGUUUAUUUGCGUAACGAGUCGACUGAACAGUAACGAACAUGGACUACAAGGCACAGGUCGAGCACAUUGUAUCCACUGCUCGUUUUGGAGAUUUGAUUGAGUUCAAUUAUCCCAUUGGCUACGCACACUGGGCCGUGUAUGAGAGGGAUGGAAACGUUAUUCACUUCGCUGUUGCUGAUGAAACUAAAAUCCAGAGUACAUUUCGGGGCUGCCUCCAGUCAAUUUUUCCUGUCUGUGGUGAUCUUUUGCUUGGAGAGACUAAGAUACGUCGCCAUAUGCUGGCUGAGAUUAAUGUACCUAAAGGAGCUCAAAUUUCAGUGAGGAAUGACUGUCACACUUUCACACCUUCAUCUGAUGAGGACAUGGAAUGGCGAAUAAAAGCUUUAUUGGAUAAAGAAUAUACCUACAAGAUUUUCAAAUUUAACUGUGAACACUUUGCCACAUUUAUCCGGUAUGGAAAAGCUGUGUGCAAUCAGAUUCCAGGGCAGAGCAAAAACGUGGAAUGUGUGGAGGCUACUGAAGAGUUUAGCUACCUCGUUCCUAAAAAAGAUGUAUGCAAAGAAUGACGUACAUCACAAAAAAUAUCACAUUGUUUCACUAAGUACAGGCUACAUGUAAGAAUGUUCUUGUGAUAAACCAUAUGUGCAGGUUUGUAGUUAUGUAAAGAUUUCAGUUUGACGUCAUUUUCACUUCUUGUGCCGUGUAUAAAAAAUAUACAUAGAACUGCGGUAAAGGUAUUAAACAGUACGAUGUUUGUUAAAUGAUUGAAUCUACCCCUACAAUCCACACACAAACGGACAAAAUAAGAUAAAUAUUAUAAUCACUUGAACGAAAUCUCUCUGUUAACAUAAUGAAUUAACAUUGAGCAAAAAAUAUUCUCAAUCUGAAUAAACAGCUUUCCUGUAGCUCAGUGGUAAGAGAACAACGCAAGGCUGUGGGUUCGAUCUCAGGGGAUGGCACAUACAUAUGUAUAAAUAUAUAGGAUAAUGCAAUGUAAGUCGCUUUAGACAAACGUGUCUGCCAAAUGCAUAAAUGUAAAUGUAAUCAGAAUCUGAUUAUGAAAAUAUAAAUUUCAUUUUUAAAUACCAACAUUAACUGAUUAAGCCUAAGAAUAAUAGAUAAAUAUAAUUAAAUGUUGGCUAAUGGAUUUACUAAUGUAAUGUAAUCUCAUAGUAAUUUGUUAUAAUUUUACUUGCCCAACAACUAAAUUACUGUAGUAACAGUAUUUUGGCAGAUUCCAUGGUUACCAUGGUAACAUACAUAAGCGAUAGGGUCAAUUUUUUGUCAUUCAUAAUUUUUCUCCAAAUAAACAUGUCUCCUUUAUAAAAACAGC